AUGUCGCUCAUCAAUUCCUGCAAACCCAAAUUUGAAAAUGAUGCCACUGACGGCUCCAUUUCUUCUCAGCGGUCGAAAUCGAACCCUACCAUACAGUUCUUCGUAAAAUUGUUUUCUGAAAUGGAAACAUUAGUUAUCCGAGCUGAUGUUAACGACACGAUUGAGCACGUUCUUGAUUUGAUCCAAUCGAAAUCUGGAAUUCCAUUGAACGGGCAGCCGUUAAUCUAUAAGAGCAAGCAGCUUUACCCGGAGCAAACCCUAGGGCAAUGUUGUGUCGAAAAUGAUGCUGUUUUACAGGUGGUUGGAGUCAUGCCGAGUACUCGUCAUGUGAGAGCUCAACAAACAUCUGAUGAGAUUGUUUCAUUGAUUUGGAGAUUGUGUAAACGGAAUCCGGGGAAUAAAUCUUGGGACAGUGAAGCACGUUACCUGAUUCGAAGAAACCUGACUGAUUAUUUCACGGAUUUGCUGUCGAGUGAUAAUGAUAUGGCUAUAGGGGAUCUGCAGGUAUUCUCGUAUUCUGGUGCACCAGCUGCGUUAGCAAUGUUAUAUAUGUCUCCGGAUCAUAUGAUAUUUGGUGAUGAGUUGAUACGACAGUUGGUUUGGGUCAUUGCGUUUAUGCCUCCAUAUUCCUUCCAACAAUGUGUCCCUAUUUUGCUUGAGAUUUGCAAGCCGUUGCGUGGGAUGCCAUAUUAUGGUGAAAAUGUUAUCUUUGACACAUGCCGAACUUGUCUUAGUUCUAUGGUAGCUUGUAUCGAAAUUGAGGCAGCAUCGGAUGGAGGUUCCGUUACUUUAAUUUAA